CAGCCCAGCAAAUUUGACAGACACGUGCUAAAAAGCAAUUUAGUACAAUAAUUGGUUGGGUUAUAUCAACUCUGUCAACUACAUCUAACUUCGCUUCGUACAUUUCUUUCUUUUUCGUUCUUCCGGCCAAAGAAGACAAAUCAAAAUGACUAAAAAACGCCGUAAUGGGGGACGUUGCAAGCACAAUAGAGGACACGUUAAGGCUGUCCGUUGCACAAACUGUGCCAGAUGUGUCCCCAAGGAUAAGGCAAUCAAGAAGUUUGUAAUCCGUAACAUUGUCGAAGCUGCUGCUGUCCGUGACAUCUCUGAAGCUUCCAUUUGGGAUUCUUACAUUCUACCAAAAUUGUACGCAAAGUUGCACUACUGUGUGUCAUGCGCAAUCCACUCUAAGGUCGUAAGAAACAGAUCCAAGGAGGCACGUCGCAUUCGUACUCCUCCAGUCAGAACUUUCCCUAAGGAUAUGCAACGUAACCAACCCAGAAAGUAAAUCUACUGUAUAAGCAUAUUAAACAAUAAAUGCUAAAUGCGUAAAAAAAA